CAUAUAGAAUUAGAAAUAAAAAGGAAAAAUAGCUAAAAAAUGGUCACUAGCAGCCAGAUCUUCUCGAAUUCUUUUCCUUCUUGACCUGCUGCAACUGUUCUCCUCCAACACGCCACCUCGGCUAAUAAGGACUGUUCUCCUCCAACACGCCAUGGCCGCCACUUAUUCAAACAUGGCGUCCCUGUUUGAACAGGGCCACCAACUCAGUCAUAGCUUUUUUUUAAAUAAUCUUUCUGCAUUUCUCGUGUAUUUUCUUCUGUAAUGGUGGUUUCUUUUUCUAUAACAAUCGUGUAUUUUUGCCUGUAAUAAUAAGUGUACCACGGUUUCAAGUUUUUCAAGAUAACGACUGGUUCGAAGAUCAGAGAUGCAGAGUUCCAGUCGGGUCGCUGUUUUUUCUAUUUUUAUCUUUCUCUUCGGAUUUGGGUGCUCUUCGAUUGACAAUCUUAAUCAGGCGUUUCCUAUUAUAGAACCUGAUCCUGGUCACACAAAACUCCGCCUUUCAAGAGAAGGUUUGGAAGCAAUUGAGAGAAUAACAACUCCUAUUGCAGCUGUUGCUGUUAUUGGUCCAUAUCGAUCGGGAAAAUCUUUUCUACUCAAUCAACUUCUCUCACUUUCAUGUUACGGAGGUUUUGGUGUGGGGCACAUGCAUGAUACUAAGACAAAAGGAAUAUGGGUUUGGGGAGCUCCACUGGAAUUGGAUAUAGAUGGAGUAAAAACUUCCGUCUUCUAUCUUGAUACUGAGGGUUUUGAUGGUGUUGGGAAAUCUAAUGUAUAUGAUGACAGGAUUUUUGCUUUGGCUUCUGUCUUGAGUUCCGUGCUUAUAUAUAACCUACCAGAGAUGGUUCGUGAAACAGACAUAUCUCGACUAUCCUUUGCAGUUGAGCUUGCUGAUGAAUUUUAUGGCAGAGUGAAGGGGCAAGAUGUUGCUUUUGAACCAGCGAAGCUCCUGUGGCUAAUCCAGCGUGAUUUUCUACUAGGAAAAAAAUCGGUGCAAGAAAUGAUAGACGAGGCUCUCCGACAUGUCCCGAAUGCUGACGGGGACAAGAAUAUUGAUCAGGUCAACCAAGUCCGCGAUUCUUUAGCAAUCAUGGGAACUAACAACACUGCCUUUAGCUUACCACUGCCUCACCACCAGCGCACAAGGCUUUGUGACAUGAAGGACGAUGAGCUAGAUCCAAUUUACGUACAGAAGAGGGAGAGAUUGAAAGAAAUUGUUGCUUCCAUCAUCCGUCCAAAGAUGGUCCAGGGUAAACCUCUCACUGGGAAGGAGUUUGUAUCUUUUAUGGAGCAGAUUCUUGAAGCCCUAAACAAAGGGAGGAUUCCAUCAACAGGCUCCCUUGUGGAGUUCUUUAAUAAGGGUAUUCUUGAUUACUGUCUGAAAGUUUACAUUGAUCGUAUGGGUAACCUUGGUUUACCAGCAUCCGAGGAUUCUCUUCAGAAAGCUCAUGAACGUUCCAAAGACGCAGCCUUGAAUGUUUUUGAUGAGCAACAUUUUGGUCGUCGCCAUGCUAAAAGAUCGUCUGAGAAAUUGGUUAAAGAAAUAGAGAAGGUAUACAAGAAUUACAUAUUGACAAAUGAAUGUCAAUCUUCAAAACUCUGUGAGGCUUUAUAUACAAACUGCGAGGACAAAAUGGACCAGCUUCAAGCCCUUAGACUUCCAUCUAUGGCUAAAUUUAAUGCUGGAUUUCUUCAUUGCAACCAAAGAUUUGAAAGGGAAUGUGUUGGCCCUUCUAAAACUGGCUAUGAGCUUAGAAUGACGAAGAUGUUAGAGAAGUCAAAAUCUCUAUUCAUCGAACAAUAUAAUCACAGACUCUUUAGUUGGUUGGUUGGCUUUUCACUCGUCAUGGUGAUACUGGGUCGGUUUGUAAUAAAGUUUAUUUUGAUAGAGAUGGGAGCAUGGACACUUUUUAUAUUCUUAGAGACAUAUACACGCUUGUUUUGGUCCCCGGAAUCUCUUUAUUACAGCCCAGUGUGGCAUGUCAUUGUCGCAACUUGGGAGACCCUCGUAUACAGCCCCAUCCUUGAUUUGGACAGAUUUGCGAUUCCUCUUGGCACUAUAGCUGCAAUAUUGGUGCUUUACCGGCGAUGCUAUGGAAGUAAGAAACACAGUGACCAUUGGCUGUUUCCCAUGUUCAAUAAUGAGAAAGUUAGACAAAGAUCAGAAUGAUCAAAAGUGUACUACAACGACAGUAUACCCCUCCUUUCACUCAAUCUCUAUGUUUAUACUCAAAGCACGCUGGAUUUAUAUGAACUAUCGGCUGUUACUUCCACACCCUUAAAACUGAAAAUGGGAUGUUUCAAAGUUCUGAGAAAGAAGUGCUGCUUAAUGAAUGUUGUGUUGUAGUGAGUUGUGACAAUUACAAUUAUUUGUAUCACAUUAUUGCCUGUCAAUUAUUAUGAAACAUGUAUCUAGUCAUGAACCUUUAAUAUUACAGCAGAACAGUUUGGAGCCUGAAAUUGAUGCAUAAUAGAUAAUCAUAUUUGGAGCUUCA